AUGUUCAAUUCAGCUGACAUCGACAUCUUAAUAGCGGUUCGCGUGGUGAGUAGUGAGCGAUACAUGCAAGCUGAUGAGUUGAAGAUGCAACUGGGGGGCGGGAUACAACCUGGGACUCAUCUUUUCAAUGAGACCUAUGGCGAUUCUUAUUACUCAGGAAUAGUCGAGGGUGGAAUCGCUGUAGUGGUUCUUUCCAUCGCUGUUCUCGACAGACAUAAGGUAAAAGAAACUGUGGAUGCACUUGAGCAUUUGCUGGAUCUUAAAAACGACGAGAACCCAGUAGAGUCAAUGCUGGAAGCCUAUCGGGAAAGGAGCUCAAAUCCACUUGCUCUCGCAUUGAAGGGGACUAAAACUCAUGCCAGCGUAUCGUGCUCUGAAAAUGGUUAUCUGAAGAUCGAUAGUGAGAGUGACAGCAUAGAAAGAAUGCUUGAAGCCGUCUUAGAGUUUCCUAAGACAGUGACCAAGGGCGCAGGCUGA